UUCAUGACUUUGUGAUUAUGAUUAAGGUUGAAACGUAUUGUUUACUUGGAUAAACAAUAAUUUUCACCGUGCCACACAGCCCCAUAGGAGAAAUGAAGGAAAAGAAUGGAAAAAGAAUAUUGUGCCUAGAUUAUUGAAUGGAAAAUUUGUUUAUAAGUUGUUGAAUUGUAAAAGUAUGUAUGUAAUUUUUUUCUUUAAAUCUUUUUUUCACAUAUCUUUUAAAUAUAUACUACUACUCUCUUUAAUAUCAAGAGAUAUUAUUACUAAAGUGUAAUUAAUAAAAAAAAUGUCCACAAAUACAAACAUCAUUUUAAAUAUUCCUAUUAAACAAACCUAUUCUAUAAAUGAUAUUAAUGAAACAAAUUUAACAAAUUUCAAUACACCUCAUAAUUUAUUAAAUUCUUUCUUCAUAAAUCAAAAACAAAGUAUAAGAUUCAAUUCAUAUGAUAAUAAUUUAAAUGAGAACCAUUCAACGGAUUCUCAUUUCUUAGCCUCUUCAAUAGGAAUAUUUGGUUUAUGCAGAGCAUUUUUGGUGUUUGUUUUGUUGGCUCCAAAAAAAUAAAUAUAACGAAUAAUUUGACGAGAUAUUUCUAUAGUGGGCUUCUUUCUUUUUUUGGUUUAACCCCUUUUUUAUUUUUUUUAUUUGUAUUUUUUUUUUUUUUAAUAUUUAUUGAUUACUUAAAUUAAAAUAUAAUCCAAUUAACAUUUUCAUAUAAACAUGGGCAUGAGACAUGGAAUAAGUAAAUAUUUUAAAUUAUGUACAGAUUUAACAGAUAUACAAUAAUAAAUAAAUGAUAUUUGCAUAUCUUUAGUGUGCCAAAAGUUUAAUUCACUCCAAUAAUAUAUGAUGAUGUCGUAGUUGUCGUACAUCAAAUACCCCGUAUUUUUGAAGGAAAAAUAGGAAUUUUUCCGCGCGCGA